AUGGGUUCAUGUUUUUCUGCCCCUGAGCCUUCGCCGCGACGGCGACGGCGACAUACACGAUCUCGUGCCAGGCAUCGCGAGGACGCAGAGCAUAAGAGAAGAAGUCACAAGACGAAAAAGAAGAGGUCGAGCCACCACAAAAAGAAGAAGAGAGGACACCAUCGAAGCAGCAGACGGAGCAGCCGUCAGUAUACUGAAACUGAGGCCGACAGUGCUUGGACUGCAGACGACGACAACCACUACCAGGUUGCCCUUUGGAUCGGCGAGUCCUCGCGAGCACCCGGCGGCACAAACUCUCCGCAAGAAGGCGGUUCCGGUGCCCGCGAGGCUGCGGAGGAUGGAGAUGUUUCUUCUCCUGGUGAAGAAGACGGCGGCGAGACUCCGACUCCAGAAGGCUCCAAGAAGCCGAAAAAGAAUUAG